CUAUACUCAAAAAGCUGGCUUUCUUGCUGAAAUCAGCGACCAUGGGCAUUGUUUCAACAACCCCAUCUUUUCCUCUCUUUCCCAUUCUCAUGUGGUCAUGCUUCUUCAUCUUCAUCUGCCAUAAGCUCUUUCCCAAGAUCACCCCUCGCUCCAUCUUGUUCAAUUACAUAAUUCCAACCGCUGCCCAUUUGUCACGGGCAUGGGAUUUCUUGCUUCACUACUCUCUCUUUCCUAAUUCUCAUCACAAUAUGAAUGUGCUGGAAAAUGGUGACCAGGGGCUAAGCCUAGGGCUCUACAAACCCAAUCCGGGGUCGAAGGAGGUAGUAGAGUGUGCAGUGUGCCUAUGCACGAUAGGAGAAGGAGAAGAGAUAAGAGAGUUGAGGUGUGGUCAUAUGUUUCACAGAGAUUGCCUGGACAGAUGGGUUGGACAUAGAAAUGGCACAUGUCCCUUGUGUCGCGGUUGCCUUGCUCCUCCAAGAAUGGUGAAUGAGGUGGGAGAGGAAGUAAUAGUGUUCAGGUAUUGUUCAUUCAGUUCCAGUACUCGGUCUAUGUGGUGGCUGCGCUGAAUUCGUCGCCCAUGACAAGAAACAACGCAAGAUUUUUAAAGUCUAUUUUAUUUUAUCACUUUUAUGUAAGAUAUACUUAUCCUAUGCAUUAUAAGGGAUAAGUUAUCCAUAUAUUA